AUAUUUUGUCUAUGGUCAAAAAUGUUUUAUUUUUUCAUUUGUUUGAGUUUGGAAUUUGGCGGGGUUAAUGUAAAUUCCCUAUUUUAUUAAAUAUAUUUUCUUGACCAUUUGUGUUCGUUGUUUUGGUUCAUCUGACAUGAGUGCAUUGGAAAAGGAAAACUUUAGCUAUUAUCAUGAAAAGUUAAAGUUUCAAAAAGACGGAUAUCUUAGCUUUGUGAAAGCUGGCAUCAUGCGCAAGUGUUUAGUUCAAUCCUAUCGAGCUAGCAAUGAAAUGGACAGUAAUGAGAUGUCUCUUCUGCUACUGAAGUCUCAGUUGCGCGAGUAUGGAGUGGAAGUGGAUAAGAAAGGAGAAGGGGAUAUAAACAAUUACGCUGCACCAGCACUUGUUCUUGCAGCACGCUGUAAAAGUGAGAGCCAGAAGUGGACAAGCCAUCUGGAUGAUCCGGAGACGCUCUUGGCCCGACUGUUAAAACCGGUCGAGUGUGCUAAACUCGGUGGAGACCAGUGCAGCUCGUGGCGCGUCACGGAGGGUGAUCUUGCUAGCCUGUCACCCUUGCAGCAGGGGACAGCCGACACCCGCUGCAGGGGUGACGAAGCGUGGUUGUCCGCAGAUCCUUUGAAGGCGUGUGCCAAUGCCAGCGACUUGAUGGAUCACGCUAUGUUGAAACCAGUUCCUGGUACAGAACGGAGUGUGUUUGGGUGGAGGAAUCAAAAUGCACCCUCCACCAGCAGUGCACUGGUUGCCCCCCGAGGUCAAGGCAGCAGCGACCUUGCUGGCGGGAGGAACUGGAAUGCCUCCACCGCUACUAGGCAGAAAGACAUGGGCAGGGAGGCAGACGGUGACGAACGAGGACAUUCCAUGUUUCGCACAGCAAAGGAUGAACUGGCAAUGCAGAACAUAAAAAAUUUUGGCUCCAAUCGUAACUCUGGACCCCAAAUUAACAGUUAUGGUUGCCAAAAGAAGUCUCUUGGAGCGAAACGUGGGGUCUUCAAGAAGUUCAUACCACCUGUAAAGCCUACUGCUGAAGAUGAUUUUGGUGGGCAGUUUGGUAAGACAUCAUCCAAUGAUGAGGAUUCACAACAGGAAGUGGAUGAGAGACUUAAAAACAUUGACCCAAAAAUGAUUGAGCUGAUACGAAACGAGAUCAUGGACAUUGGUGCACAAGUAACAUGGGACGACAUAGCAGGUCUGGAGUUUGCCAAAACCACUAUACAGGAAGCGGUGGUGUGGCCACUGCUGCGACCCGACAUAUUCACCGGGCUGCGUCGCCCGCCGAAGGGCAUACUGCUGUUUGGGCCUCCGGGCACGGGGAAGACGCUGAUUGGCAAGUGCAUCGCAUCGCAGUCGCGAUCCACGUUCUUCAGCAUCAGCGCCUCGUCCCUCACCUCGAAGUGGAUCGGGGAGGGGGAGAAGAUGGUGCGUGCACUUUUCGCGGUGGCAAGGUGCCAUCAACCAGCCGUGGUCUUCAUAGAUGAAAUAGAUUCUCUGCUAUCUCAAAGGAACGACACGGAGCAUGAAAGCUCUCGUCGAAUGAAAACUGAGUUUCUUGUGCAGUUGGAUGGGGCAACAACUGGAGAAGAAGACAGAAUACUGGUGGUGGGGGCCACCAAUCGACCCCAGGAGUUGGAUGAAGCGGCCAGGAGGCGUCUGGUCAAGAAGCUUUACAUUCCUCUUCCCGAGUACCAGGCCCGUUGUCACAUUGUGCGGAGGCUGAUGCUGACCGAGCGGAACAGCCUGAGCGACGGGGACGUGGACGAGGUAGCCAGGCUGACGGAAGGCUAUUCUGGGGCAGACAUGAAGAGCUUGUGCCAGGAGGCUUCUAUGGGUCCCAUCCGGUCUUUGGGGUUCUCCCAGAUACAGCAACUCAGGCCUGAAGAGGUACGGCCUGUGCUAGUGGAAGACUUCAGGGCUGCUCUGACGCGCGUCAGAGCCAGCGUGUCAUCGAGUGACCUGGAUACUUACGUGGUGUGGGACAAGCAGUACGGGUCUGGCGGCAUAGCAGUCGCGCAGUCUCACUGCAUGGGCUGACUUCUCUGCAACUUGGUGUAUUUUGAAAUAUUUACUGAAUUUUAAACUGUUCCGUUUGUUUCUUCAGAGUAUUUAAUUUGUUUUCACCAUUCUAAUUAAACAAUGAAAACUGUCUACACACAAAAAA